AUUCAUUUGUCAAUUGUCAAAAAGUAGGCUCAAAAAGUAAACGAUAAAAGUGUUUUCAGCAUUUGCAUCAACAAAUUAGUUAUAAAAAGACUACUUAAUUAAUUUAAAAAUGGUGUCUCUUAAUCCUGUACGUGUUCUUAAAGAAGAGGCAGAAGAGGAAAAGGCGGAGAUUGCCCGUUUGUCUAGUUUUGUGGGAGCUAUAGCAAUAGGUGAUCUUGUCAAAAGCACAUUAGGGCCAAAGGGAAUGGAUAAAAUUUUGGUUUCCUACGGUCGUAAUGCUGGACAAGUUCAAGUAACUAAUGACGGUGCUACAAUAUUAAAAUCAGUCGGAGUUGACAAUCCAGCAGCCAAAAUUUUAGUUGACAUGUCAAAGGUUCAAGAUGAUGAGGUUGGUGAUGGCACAACUUCUGUUACUGUAUUUGCUUCAGAAUUAUUAAAAGAAGCAGAAAAAUUGGUUGAGCAAAAAAUUCACCCUCAGACAAUUAUAGCCGGUUGGCGUAAAGCUGUUGUUGUAGCUCGCAAUGCCUUGCAACAGGCAUCUUUAGAUAACAGUGCAGAUUCUCAAAAAUUCAAAGAAGACCUCUUAAAUAUUGCUCGAACUACACUUAGCUCAAAAAUUCUUUCCCAACAUAAAGAACAUUUUGCAAAAUUAUGUGUGGAAGCAAUUCUUAGAUUGAAAGGUACUGGAGAUCUCCAGUCCAUUCAAAUAAUAAAAAAGACAGGGGGAGUUCUAGAAGACUCGUUUUUGGAUGAAGGUUUUUUGUUGGACAAGAAACCUGGCGUUCACCAGCCUAAGAGGGUAGAAAAUGCUCGUAUAUUAAUUGCAAACACCCCUAUGGACACUGAUAAGAUUAAAGUAUUUGGAUCUCACAUUAAAGUCGAUUCUAUGGCAAAAAUUGCAGAGUUGGAAGUUGCAGAGAAAGAGAAAAUGAAAGAUAAAGUUUCAAAGAUUUUGAAACAUAACUGCAACGUUUUUAUAAAUCGUCAACUUAUUUACAAUUAUCCAGAACAACUUUUCGCUGAUGCAGGCGUUAUGGCAAUAGAACAUGCAGAUUUCGAUGGGAUAGAAAGAUUGGCCCUUGUUACUGGGGGUGAAAUAGUUUCCACUUUUGACAGCCCUGAAACUGUGAAACUUGGAACAUGCGAUGUUAUUGAGCAAGUUAUGAUUGGCGAAGACAUUCUUUUACGUUUCAGCGGAGUCGCUUUAGGAGAAGCUUGCACUAUCGUGAUUCGUGGAGCAACGCAACAGAUUAUCGACGAGGCUGAUAGAUCUCUUCACGAUGCCCUUUGCGUUUUGGCGGCCACCGUUAAGGAAACUCGCAUCGUUUUUGGGGGUGGUUGCAGCGAAAUGCUGAUGGCAGUUGCAGUCAACAAAGCUGCUGCUCAGACGCCUGGCAAAGAGUCUGUAGCAAUGGAAGCGUUCGCUAGAGCUCUUCAGCAGUUGCCUACAAUAAUUGCUGAUAAUGCUGGUUAUGAUUCAGCACAAAUUAUCAGCGAAUUACGAGCUGGCCAUGUUAGUGGAAACUACACUUUGGGACUUGACAUGGACAGAGGGGAAGUUGCCGAUAUGAAACAACUAGGAAUAACCGAAUCGUUUGUCGUAAAAAGACAAGUGGUUCUUUCAGCAGCUGAAGCUGCUGAAAUGAUUUUACGUGUUGAUAGCAUUAUCAAAGCUGCGCCAAGAAAAAGAGUCGAAGACAGAGGCCGCUGCUAAUUUUUUUUCUUUCAUGAUUUACUUGAAGUUACUCUGAACUUUACUAAAAUUUGUCAUGCUUUAGAUUAAUAACGUUGUUUGCAUAAUAUACAUUGUCACCGUAUUUAAUAAAAUAGUUUAACAAUAAA